GCGGUCGGUGGAGGAGGAGGAAUUCGGUAGCCAUUAAAAACUCACUCCCGUCAAACUCAUCUCAUUAUCCUAUUCAGACUCAGAACAAGCGCGAUCGAGAGAGAGAGAAAGAGAGAGAGAGAGAGAGAGAACUCAAUCAAGCAAUCAUGAACGUAUUCAGGUUAGCAGGAGACAUGACCCACCUCCUCAGCAUAGUGGUGCUUCUUCUCAAGAUUCGCACCACCAAGUCCUGUGCCGGUAUUUCACUCAAGACUCAAGAACUGUAUGUCAUCGUCUUCUUGGCACGCUACCUCGAUUUGUUCACGAGGUACGUCUCUUUCUACAACACAGCAAUGAAGCUCUUCUUUAUCGGGACUUCAGUUGCCAUAGUCUGGUACAUGAGGUACCAUAAAGUAGUGAAGCAGACUUAUUCCCGGGAAGAAGACACAUUCAAACAUUAUGUUCUGGUUCUCGUGUGCUUCAUUUUGGCAAUCUUGAUUCCCCUUGCUUUCACCGUGACUGAGAUUCUCUGGACAUAUUCAAUAUAUCUUGAAGCAGUGGCAAUCUUGCCGCAACUGGUGUUACUGCAGAGGUCAAGCAACAUCGACAACUUAACAGGAAGCUAUGUCUUUCUUCUUGGUGCCUAUCGAGCCUUGUAUCUUGUUAACUGGGUAUAUCGGUUCUUCACGGAGACGCACAAAAUACGCUGGAUUCCUUGGGUAUCGGGGCUUGUCCAGACAGCCCUUUAUGCAGAUUUCUUUUACUUUUACAUUAAAAGUUGGAAAAAUCAUGAGAAGUUGAAGCUUCCCUCAUGAAGCUCACCUUCCUUGGAUCAAAGGGGACAGAGGAAGCCAAUACUAAUCAUGGAGGCAAGGCAUUUUAAGCUGGGCAGGACACAAAACCUUCUCUCUUACAAGCAGCUCUAUGUUAUCGCUCCAAUGGAUGAUAAGCUGUCUUCACCUUGAUGAUGUGUUUUCCUAGUCUUUAGUCAUAGUUAUGGAGUUGUAGGACUAACUAUGUAGAAAUCUUCUCUCUUAAAUUAAGUGAAGUUUCGUCCUUAGUGUC